CCAGAAAUUCAUUUCAUCCUAAAAAUGCCACAUUACUUCCAAUAUGCAAGUGAAGAUCCAUGAUGCCCCAGUGGCAUGCCAACGGGACCAACAAUCUCAUAAGAUUCGUUCUGGCAUGUGAGUUCCUCUCUUGGACUGACACAAUGCAGCAGAACAGCACUGUCACCGAGUUUAUACUACUAGGAUUGACACAGGAUCCCCUGAAGCAGAAAAUGGUGUUUAUAAUCUUCUUAGUUUUCUAUAUGGGGACUGUAGUGGGGAAUACACUCAUUAUUGUGACAAUCAAGUUCAGUCGAACACUUGGGGGUCCCAUGUACUUCUUCCUGUUUUAUUUGUCCUUUGCUGAUUCCUGCUUUUCAACGUCCACAGCCCCAAGACUCAUUGUGGAUGCCCUUUCUAAAAAGAACAUCAUUUCCUACAAUGAAUGCAUGACACAAGUCUUUGCUCUCCAUUUAUUUGGCUGCAUGGAGGUCUUUGUCCUCAUUUUCAUGGCUGUUGACCGUUAUGUGGCCAUCUGUAAACCCUUGCAUUACCCAGUCAUCAUGAGGCGGCAGGUCUGUGUCAUCUUGAUUAUAGUUGCCUGGAUAGGGUCUUUUCUACAUUCCACUACUCAGAUUGUUUUGGCCUUGAGACUGCCCUUCUGUGGGCCCAAUCUGAUUGAUCAUUAUUGCUGUGACUUACAGCCCUUAUUGGAGCUUGCCUGCAUGGAUACACACAUGAUAAAUCUGCUGUUAGUGUUUAACAGUGGUGCAAUUUGCUCAAGCAGUUUUUUAAUUUUGAUUAUCUCAUAUUUUGUCAUCUUAUACUCUCUGCGAAACCACAGUGCUGAAGGGAGAAAAAAGGCACUCUCUACCUGCACAUCUCAUAUAAUAGUAGUUGUCUUAUCCUUUGGACCCUGCAUAUUCAUAUAUGCACGUCCACCAACUACUUUUUCUAUGGACAAGAUGGUAACAGUAUUUUUUACCAUUGGAUCACCCUUUCUCAACCCGAUCAUCUAUACAUUAAGGAAUGCAGAAGUUAAAAAUGCCAUGAAAAAAUUAUGGCAUGUUAAAAUUAUGACAGAAUAA